AACAAAACAUCGAGAUUACAGAAGAGAAAGCUAGAGAGGGUAUUUCGUGUUGUCCAAUCUAGUUGUCUGUUGAAGAUUUUGGUGCUGGGACCGUACUCAAGCUGUUGUAAAUGAUCCAACGCCUAUAGUCGCCGGAAGCUUCACCCUGGAGUUGAUAUAUCAGCGAGUCGUCAAUCGAUAGGCUACAUCUAUAGGCAGAAAGACCGGAUAGCGUGAUAAAAUCGCCUGAGCAGCCAUGGAAAGGGGAGCGCAAGGCCCAUGAUCCUGCCGUGGAACAUUUAGAGUCCAUAUUCGCUUUUAGCCAGACCUCUCCGUGUUCCCCUCGACCGGCUGUAGAACCUCCUGUGGAGGCAUGUCGGCUGCGCAGACUCGCAGUGACGGCGAGCAGCGCUGGGGCUGUCUGGAGUCCUUGGGCCUGAGCCAAAGAGAGCUGGUGUUGGCCGAAGCCCUUCAGAUGGAGUACGAUGCCCUCUCACGCCUCAGACAGGAUAAGGGUCCAGCAGGUCGAGGAGCCCCCGAGAGCAGCAAGUCAACCCCUCAAAGAAGCGAACGCCCGCUUCCGCGGCCUGUUCCGAGCCCGCCCGGAAGCAACCUGCUCCAAGGCCUGUCUGGCUCUGACCCCAUGCUCAACCACUUGCAGCCUGGGGUGUCGAACCCGUCACGGGCAAACGUGGAAUUACGCGGCUACAGCAAGGAACCCCUCUACAUCCUGGACAGCUCAGUGAAGAGUGACUAUGAGGACACAUCGCAGAUGCUGCCUAAAGGGUUUGUACCUCCGGAUGACCCUCCUCCAGCAGUGCCCCCCCGUAACCCUAUUCCUCAGAACGACCUCUUCACGGCCCGCCGCAGCACCACACCUCGAGACGUCAACCUGUUCACUCCGGAAGUGGACCAACCUAAGCUUUCGUCUGGUGACACCAUAAACUACGACAACCUGAAUGACUCCCUAUGCAGGAUGAAUGGGGACUGGCCGUCACCUGGAAUGCGCAGAGCUAACCGUGAGGUAUCGGGGAAGCCUGUGGCUCGCAGUAAGACCCUACCCCCUCAGGUUCCCCCCCGAACCUAUCUGCCAGUGCAGAAGUGCAACAGAAGCAACCGUAGAGUGUCAGCUGACCCAGUGUCACUGGGAUCCAGACUGAAUGGCUUUGGCUAUGAGCUCUUUCAGGUUUCUGAAGAGAGGGAUGAAGAAGUGGCAGCUUUUUGUCACAUGCUUGAUGUGUUGCGGUCAGCCUACCCAUAUAAUGACCGCACCAAAAACACGGGUUUUGUGUGGAGUCCAUGUGUAGCUCAAGAUGAACUGCAGCAAGGCCUAGGAGUGAGUGUCAAGGUUACAGUCAUUAGUGACCACUUUAGAGAGCCUCUCACCUUCACCUGUGAUGGUUCAUCUACAGUGGAUCUUCUGAUCUACCAGACGCUCUGCUAUGCCCAUGACGACCUGGACCUGAUCGAUGUGGAUGAUUACUCGCUUAAAGUGUGUGGCCAGGCCGAGUUCCUUGAGAACACCCAAACUCUGGCUGGACUGGAAUACAUUCAACAGUGCCUCAAGUUUGACUGGAACAUCCGCCUCUUUCUCACUAGGAGGAGUUCUGUAAACCUGGAACUGGCUCGGACUGAGGAUGAUGACCAGACCCCAUCUAGUAUGAACCACAGCAUCCUCCUGCAAGAGCGACCAAUCAAACAGACUGUGACCAGAGAAGCACUGACGCUGCUUUUGGACACCUUUCACAACGAAGCAGAAUCAUUUCUCCUUUCCGAAGUCGAAUUACCAUUGCAUGUGGAGCGAUUGGUGCAGUCGGUGAAGGCUUUGUGUAGUUCAUUAGCUGCAGUGGAAACACCUGACAUCACCAUGGCCCUAAACCAGCUGCCCGCCUGCCCCUGCCGCCUGCAGCCCCGAGUACAGAAAGAUAUUACCGUGCUGGCAAAGAAAGAAAACAGAGAAAAAAUAGUGGAGAAGUUGACGGCAUCCAUCUUGGAUCUUGUGGAGCUAUAUUGCAGCACGUUCAAUGCUAACUUCCACACCAUGCCACACAGCAGCCGGCCUACGGCUCCGAUCCAGGAGGCUGGGAUGGUGACCAACGUGCUGUCUUUCAGCAUCUACGCAGCUCAUCGUAUCCCUAUCACCUGGGCUGCUAGUUAUGAGGGCUUCUUCCUGUCUUGCUCCCUCACCCAUGGAGGUGCAGAGCUGUGUGCACCCCAGCACACCAGCAAACAAUCCGUCAGUAAAUACCUUUUCCAUCUGGUCGUGUGGGAUCAGAGGAUAUGCUUCCCAGUACAGAUCAACCAGUUACCACGGGAAUCGCAGCUGACUGUGACUCUGUAUGCUACUCCACUGCCGCCCCCGGGAGGUGCGGAGGAAAAGGGCAAACAGCGGCGGAGCAUGGAGUCCCUGGGCUGGGUCACCAUGCCUCUCUUUAACUUUAGACACGUUCUGACGUGCGGCAGGAAGCUGCUUGGACUUUGGCCUUCGACCCCUGGAAGUGGAAACGCUCGCUCCAGCACGCCCAACUUCAGCCAGCCGGACAGCGUCAUCCUGCAGGUGGACUUCCCCACCUCAUCCUUCGAAGUGCGUUUCAGCACUCCUCCACCUGCUGAGUUCAGUCCUCAGUAUGAGUUUUCCAGACUGGACCAGGCCAGCCAGAGACAGCUGCAAGACGUCCUUCAUAAGAAGUCUCUCUUCUGGUUGACUCCUGAAGACCGGCGUCUGCUAUGGGAGAAACGUUAUUUCUGCCAUGCUGAGAACAGCUGUCUUCCCCUCAUCCUCGCCAGCGCGCCUAGCUGGGAAUGGGCGUGUCUGCCCGACAUCUACGCCCUGCUGCGUCAGUGGGCUUGCAUGAACCACCUGGAUGCUCUGGGCCUCCUACACGCCACGUUUCCUGAUCAGGAAUGCAGGCGAACAGCAGUCCAAUGGAUGGACUCAAUGUCUGAUCCUGAGCUGUUGGACUUCCUUCCUCAGUUAGUACAGGCUCUGAAGUACGAGUGCUAUCUGGACAGUCCACUGGUACGCUUUCUGCUGAGAAGGGCUAUUGGGGAUAUGCGCAUCGCUCACUACCUCUUUUGGCUGCUGAAGGAUGCUCUGCAGGACUCUCAGUUCAGCAUGCGCUAUCAGUACCUGCUGGCAGCGUUGCUGUGCUGUAGUGGGCGUGGUUUGAGAGAAGAGUUUGACAGGCAAUGCUGGCUCGUCAAUAUUCUGGCCAAAGUGGCUCAGCGUGUGAGAGAUGCCUCCCCUUCAUCCAGACAGGCCAUUCUUAGAGAGGGUUUGGAUGAGGUCAAGAAUUUCUUCUCUGUGAGCAGCAACUGCCGUCUUCCCCUCAAUCCAAGCCUUCAAGUGAAAGGCAUUAAUAUACAGUCUUGUUCCUACUUCAAUUCAAAUGCAGUUCCCCUCAAGCUCUCUUUCCAGAACUUGGAUCCUCUCGGAGAUAAUAUCAGCGUCAUCUUCAAGUCAGGGGACGACCUCAGGCAAGACAUGCUGACCCUGCAGAUUAUUCGCAUCAUGAAUAAGAUCUGGAUCCAGGAAGGACUGGACAUGAGGAUGGUCAUCUUCCGCUGCUUCUCCACAGGCCGUGGACGAGGCAUGGUGGAGAUGAUUCCUAAUGCAGAGACACUGAGGAAGAUCCAGGUAGAACAUGGAGUCACCGGGUCCUUCAAAGAUCGGCCGCUUGCUGACUGGUUGCAGAAACACAACCCCACAGAGGACGAAUAUGAGAAGGCUGUGGAGAACUUCAUCUAUUCUUGUGCUGGCUGCUGUGUGGCCACUUACAUCCUGGGAAUCUGCGAUCGUCACAACGAUAACAUCAUGCUGAAGACCAGCGGACACAUGUUCCAUAUUGAUUUUGGCAAGUUCCUUGGACACGCGCAGAUGUUUGGGAACAUCAAAAGGGAUCGUGCCCCGUUCGUUUUCACUUCAGACAUGGCCUAUGUCAUCAAUGGAGGUGACAAACCUUCGAGCCGUUUCCAUGACUUUGUGGAUCUGUGCUGCGAAGCCUAUAACCUCAUCAGAAAACAUGCACAUCUGUUUCUGAACCUACUUGGCCUGAUGUUGUCCUGCGGGAUUCCUGAGCUUUCUGAUGUGGAUGACCUUAAGUAUGUAUACGAUACUUUGAGACCACAUGAGUCUGAUGCCGAUGCCACCAUGUACUUCACCAGGCUUAUUGAGUCCAGUUUGGGUAGUGUAGCCACCAAACUCAAUUUCUUCAUCCACAACCUGGCCCAGAUGAAGUUUGCCUCCUCAGAGGAACGGCCUGUGCUGUCCUUUGCCCCUCGUGUCCACACGCUGAAGAAUGACGGACUCAUCCGUAACCUUUUUGUCUGCCGCCACAUUAAAACGUACAGCCCUAACAAGGGUUACACAUAUGUGGUAAAAGUAGAGCGUGAAGGCCAGCAGGGGGCGACACUGGUUCAGAGGAGUUUUGAAGAGUUCCACGAGCUGCACAGCAAACUGCGUCUUGUUUUUCCUUCUUCUAAACUACCAAGCUUCCCCAGCCGUUUUGUGAUUGGCCGGUCUCGUGGGGAGGCAAUGGCUGACAGGAGGAAAGAUGAGCUGAAUGGGUAUGUUUGGCAUCUGAUCCAUGCCGCUCCAGAGGUCGCACAGUGUGACCUGAUCUACACCUUCUUUCACCCGUUGCCAAGAGAUGAGAGACCUGGAACUGUUGUGAAUACUCUUCAUAACAAAACAGCAGAGGUAACCUGGGCCCCAGUCGCUGGUAAAGUGGUUGGUGAAGUGAAACUUUCCAUCUCCUUCAAGAGCGACAAACUUUUCAUAAUGGUGAUGCACAUCCGGGGACUGCAACCCUUGCAGGAUGGGACAGAUCCUGACCCAUACGUCAAACUGUACCUCCUUCCUGACCCCCAGAAAACCAGUAAAAGGAAGACCAAGGCAGCCAGGCGCACUUGCAACCCCACAUACAAUGAGAUGCUGGUGUAUGAUGGUAUCCCUCGAGGAGACCUCCAUCAGAGGGUAAUUCAUCUUCGAGUGUUGAGUGAGGGCGCAUUCUGGGAGAAUACUCUUCUGGGUGAGGCAUUUAUCCCUCUCAAGAACCUGAAACCUGGUCACUGCUGGGUCGACUGGCACCAACUGGGCACAGGAGGGUCUGAGACAACCCGCUAGACAGUUUGAGAGAGUGUGAUGGUGAGAGAGCAGGGACAGGCUGACUUGUGUGUAUGCACGGGUGGAUGAAUACCCCCUAAAAAAAAGGGAAUCGUUUAUGUGUCUUUUGCUCAUGGGUUUUGGGAGUUGGCUGGAUCCAGCUGUUCAGAGGUAGAAUACUUCCCUUAGUGGUGGUGCAUUCUAUGGAGUCUCCAGUCCAGGAGGCAUGUGGAUCUGGUGAUGGAGUGUCAUCACCAAAUACUGUAAUCAUGGGAUAAUGUGGACUGUUGGGAUUUAUGAUGGCCAGAUCUGAAUUUGACAAGCUCUUGGUCACAACUAACAAUGAAGGAACUUUGUACAUAGUGACUUAGUGCCUCAGAAAAGCGGCAUCGAAUGACACUAAGCACAGCUGUCACAUUGUACUUCCCUGUGCUGGGAGGUCCUGAGACUGCUGGAUGCCCAUUCUAAUCCUGCUGUCCAUACUCAUGAAUUUGAGCAACCCUAUGUCUUGUUAAAUGAGGGAAUUUUAAGUUAUUUCUUUUUAAAAUAUUCUUUUAUUUCAGCUCAAUUUUGAGCUUCAUGUCUUGUAUGGUAUUCAUUAUUUCCCUGAUUAAUAGGUUAUAUAAAUUUUACAUAGAAAAAGUGAGGUAGUGACUGAUUUUGUGCUGUAAAAAGGUUCCCUGUCAUCUGUGGCAGGGGCUUAAGAUUGUUAUGAUUAUGUGAGAAUAGACAUGAGUGAGAAUGUGUGGCAUGAAAAGUUUCUGUCAAUUCACUGAAUCUCCUUUUUAAAUGUAACUAAUGCAGAUCUCAAUUUUGCCCUCAGUUUUUGCUCUUGCUUCAAAUGUAGUGCUUAUACAAUAAAAAUACAUCAAACCACCUUCCAUCAUAUGGAAAGUGAUAUCACCAACAUGUUGAUAGCACAGAAAUAUUUAGGAGAAGGCUUACUGCUUUCACUAAUCAACUUAGAAAAACAACACAAACAUUGUGCCUGGUGUUUUAGCAUAAUGUCCAGUUACCCAUAGAAUUGAUCUCACCAAGAAAAUACUGUUUUUUUUAUUGUUUGCAUGCAGUGAAAUUUGCUAUUGGAUCAAAUUUGCACUUUUGCUCCUGUUUGAGUAUUUUGACAUUUUUUUAAUAAUUCAAAAUGUAACAUUUUAUUUAUUUUGGAACAAAACAAAGCAGUGACCUUAGGAUGUUAUUGUUAUCAUUUCCAUUGCUUUUAUGGAUCAAGCUAUUGAGCUGUUAGAAAGAAAAAAAGAACAAUAGCAGGUGCAGGUAGGGUUCACCAUUCAAAAUCUAAGUUAAUUAAGGCUUAUCCCCAAGUCUCAGUUAUGUAUGUGUGUGUGUGUGUGUUUUGUUUGCCUCUUCAGAAAACAGUCCAAUGCAUGCUAAUACAGCUGCUGAACCACUAGCAUCAGAUUCUUAUAUUGUUGUGUGUCCAUACACUUCAUAUUCUGCUCCUGUUAAAGAUGCCCAGCAACUAUUUGCUUUUUCCCUUUCAAUGCAGUUUUCCUGUAGAGAGGAAAUGAAAAACAAAUCAGUGGUAAUGUUGAAAAUAUGCAGGCUACCUGACUGAAAGUAGUUGGGGCUUUUUGGUGAGUGACUGAAAAAGGAUAUAUGUGUGUGUGUG